AUGGGCGGCGCGCUCGAAGGCCCGGCCGGAAUGCUUACCGGGGUGCUUACCGGCGUCUCGAUCGACUCCCGCACGCUCGCUCCGGGCGAUCUCUUUUUCGCGAUCCGGGGGCCCCGUCAUGACGGUCACGCCUUCGUCGCCGACGCGUUCCGCCGCGGCGCGCCAGGUGCGGUUGUCGGGAGCGGAUACCGGGACCGGCCGGCAGCCCUGCCGGAAACCCUGCCGGAAACGACAACGGGCCGUUUCCUGAUCCGGGUGUCCGAUCCCACGGAGGCGCUCGGGGCGCUCGCCCGGGAAGAGCGGUUGAAGAGCGGCGUCCGAAUCGUUGCGAUCACCGGAAGCCUGGGCAAGACCACCACCAAGGAAGCGGCGGCGGCCGCCAUCGGCGCCGAACGAACCGUUUUUCGUUCCCGGGGGAAUCUGAACAACCGGUGGGGGCUUCCGCUCUCGCUGCUCGCCCGCGAAGACGAAGAAGUGGGGGUCGUGGAGCUCGGGAUGUCGGCUCCGGGCGAGAUCCGGACCCUUACCGAGAUCGCGGUGCCCGACUGCGGCGUCCUCACCACCAUCGCCGAAGCGCAUCUGGAGUACUUCGGAUCGCUCAACGCCAUUGCCGCGGCGAAGGGGGAACUCUUCGAGGCCAUGCCCCCCGGGGCGACCGCGGUGGUGAACGCCGACGACGAGCGCGUUCGGGCGCAGGCGCACCGCUUCUCGGGACGGCACGUGACGUACGGGUUUUCCGAGGGGGUGGACGUCCGGGGCGCGGCCUACGCGGCGCGCCCCGCCGGUCUUGUUUUCGAGGUCAGCGCCUUCGGCGGUCCCGCCGUAUCGGUGUCGUGCGGGCUCGCCGGCCGGCACAACGCGGGCAACGUGCUCGCCGGGCUCGCCGCGGCGACCGUCCUCGACGUGCCGCUCGAGCGCGCGGCCCGGGGAGUCGCGGGGCUGGCGCCGCUCCCGGGCCGGGGAACGAGGGUGCGGCUUCUCGGAGGGGCGGUCGCGCUCGACGAGACGUACAACUCCAGCCCCCGCGCGCUGCGCGCGGUGUUGCACGAGUUCGCGGCGCUGCCCGCCGCGCGGCGCAUCCUGGUGGCGGGCGACAUGCUCGAACUCGGCGAAGACGCCGAGGCGAUGCAUCGCGCCUGCGGAGAGUUCGCGAACGAGUUGCGCCUCGAUCUGGUCGUUGGGGUCGGACCCCUGGGACGGGUGCUCGCCGCGGCGGCCGACGCUCUCGGAUCGAGCACCCUCGCCGCGGAGGAUCCGGACGAGGCCGCAGCGUUGCUCGAGGGCGCGUUGCGCGAGGGCGACCUGGUGCUGUUCAAGGCGUCCCGGGCGGUUGGACUCGAUGCGUCGCUCCGCCGGCUGGAAGCUCCGGUGACGGGGCUUGGGGGAGGCGCCUGA